UACAUACACUCAGAAUGUUCAGAUCAUUAAUUAAAGCUCAACUCCCAAGAGUCUCAUCAGGCAGAAGAGCCAUUUCCCCAGCUAUUUUCAACCCUGUUUUAUCCAACAGCCUUCAAUUUCAAAAGCCUCAAGGUGUCCGGUUUUACUCAGGAUUCCCAGAAUUAACCAGAGAGAUCGCAAGAGAAAGAAUAAUUGAAUUGCUUGAAGGAUAUGAAAAAAUCGCCGACUCUGGUAAAGAAUUGAAAGAAGAAGCCUCAUUUAUUCAAGAUUUGGGAUUGGAUUCCUUGGACGUUGUAGAAGUGGUGAUGGAAUUGGAACAUGAAUUUAACAUACAAAUACCUGAUCACGAAGCUGACUCCUUGAAAACUGUUGGUCAGACUAUUGACUACAUCUUGGCCCAACCAGAUGCUUGUUAAAAGGGACCAAGAAGCUUACUGAGCUAUCAUUGUUGCAUGUAACAAUCAUUUUGUUGUAUUUUUAGGUUUCAAAAGAACACUAUCAUAGAGUAAGUUAUGGUUUGUAGAACUCAUAUACUUUUACACGAAAUACAGAUUUGAUACC